AUGGAGUGGUUGUAUCCAAAACGAAGGGGUCCUCAGUGGAAACAAGGAUGGACAAACCAGACCCUGUCUUCAGUUUCAGCACCGCCUCUAUCCUUCCUUACCAUAUUUGGGAUCGUCAUCCUCUUGCUUUGUCUCUCUCGAUAUGCUGAUUACAAGGCCCGGUUAUAUAACUCCGCCAUCAACUUCCAACUAUUCGUUUUACUCUUCCCGGUUCUGUUAAUCUUCUUCUUCAUCAUCUCAUUUUCGUCUGGCAGAAGGUUUGCGUCUCUGCAGCAGCGUCUUGUACACGAUGCUGAUAAUCUCUACACGACCAUAUUCUUCAUGUUGAAGCUUGGUAUCGUUCUCCAUAUGCCACAAUGCAAGCACCUGUAA